AUGGAAUUCUUACAUUCGUCAUCUUCCCCUGCAACUAUUGCUGAAUUGGAUUUAUUCAAGUUACCUCCAACACAGACGGUUAUCGAAAGUACUUAUGAUGUAGAAUUUAGACCUAUUGGAUCAUUAGCCAAUGCGUUAGUUUUUGAAUUCAUAGUUCCUGGAUCUGAGCAUUACACUGACCUUUCUGCUUCUUAUUUGUAUGCAAAAAUGAAAGUUAACACUGAUGAUGCAUGCAACUUUGUCCCUACAAGUAAUCUUGCCGCUGCACUAUUUGAACAACUAGAUGUUUACCUUGGAAAUGUCAACAUAACUCCUGGAAACAGUUUAUACCAUUAUCAAUCAUACAUUGAUGAUCUAUUUUUCAAGUACAAGUCAGUACUUGAUGAUUGUCAAUUGAUAGGAGGAACAGAUGCGGAGAGAACUGAGAGAGUCAAAAAUAAGAAGACAUUCGAUAUCAUCAUACAAAUUCAUGCGCCAAUGUUUCAGCAAGAAAAAUUUCUAAUCGAUAAUGUACCCAGGACAUUACGUUUGAAAACUGCUCCGCACACUUUUGGAUUUAAAUGUUCUACAGCUGUUGACAAACUAUCUUAUGAGUUUGAACGUCUAUCACUUUUCAUUAGAAGGGUUAAAUUGUAUACACCAGUGCAAAUGUCAAUCACAUCACAUCUUGAGAAAAGUCCUGCAAAGUAUUAUUUGCAAAGAAAUGAAGUAAAAUCAUUUCACCUACCAACUGGUUUUGCUGCUAGUAGUAUUGAUAAUGUGUAUAAUGGUCAGUUACCACGUAAAGUAAUCAUUGGGUUUGUACCUGAUAAAGCCUUCAAUGGUGACAUAUCUCAAGAUUGUUUUACUUUUGUUCAUAAGAAUCUACAAAGUGCAACUGUUGUAGUUAAUGGAAUAAAGAUACCAAGUUCACCUCAUCAACCUGAUUUCACUAAUAAACUGUACAUGAGAGAAUAUUAUGAUGUUUUUAGAUCAAUGAAUCAAGAUCAUGGAUUCCCUCAAAUUAAUUUGCAAUACAACAAGUAUGCUGACAAUUAUCCUCUUUUGGUAUUUGAUCUUACUGAUGAUGGUACUUUGGCCUCGGAUUCAGGUGCAUUGUCUUUAAUUAAGCGUGGUAAUGUGCGAGUUGAUAUUCAAUUCAAAGAUGCUCUUGAUGAAGGAUUGCAUAUGAUUGUGUUUGCUAUAUAUGAUAGUGUUUUACAAAUUGAUGCAGCCCGUAAUAUUGCAACUGAUUACUGA